CUGCUUUACCGUAAAGAUAAAAGAUAUUAAAGUUAGUUUAUUUACCAGAUUAAUAAUUCAGUUACAUCAAAUCAAGUUGGUCACUGUAAUGUAAUAAUUGUCCCAGGCAGUUUGCGCGCACCACCUCCCUCCGUCCUUACAGCGAUCGGAGGUACGUGUGAGCGGUGCUGCACCAUCAGACUGGAGGCACGUGCAUGUGUGUUCAUGACUGCAGUUUGUGUCAUCAUUGUAUUUCAUAGGAAAGCCACCAUGCUCCCAUACAUGUGACUUAAACAAUGCAGGUGGUUUUUCAAGCUCCUCUCCUCCUCAGCCAUGACCGCCGCUGUGCUUUACUCGUUUGGAUUGAACAGGAGGCGCCUCGACCCUUCACCUGACCAAUCCGCGGAUCAUGCGUGUGCCGGACCGUAGAGAGAGAUCGCGGAUCAGUGAUGAUCCUUUGCACUCUUACUUUCAAUUGACUGUCUUGUUUUUAAUUUCCUCAGGAAAUGGCAUUGGCAAGGGCUUACUGUGCAAAGUUGCUGAGGUUUUGUGGGAAGAAGCAAGCAGUGUGUGCGGCUGCAGCUGUCUGUGCUGAACUGGAACACUCCGUCUCGUGACUUUUAUGCAGCUAAAGGAGGCCAGGACCUGACCGUUAGCGAAGGCUGGCACUUUGUUCGCUUUGACGGACAAAACCUGGACAAUUUAGCCAAUGAUGCUCCUAAAAUCUAGAUGUAUCUUAUAAAAACAGAUAAUAUGCUGGUUGGUUUGAACCCCAUAAAGGUCACUUGAAGUAACACACCGGGUUUGUUUCCUCCUUGUGUUCUCUUCCCCAGUGCACAGAAUCUCAUAAUUUAAUUAGAUUUUUAGAUUUUAUUUUGACUGUAUUUCGGGAUGGGGACUUUUUAAAAACAAACCAACCCUGAUCCAGCAAUUCCCCUUUAAACAACAUGGUGUUGCUGUUGUGCACUCAGACCAGAAGCUGAGCUUUAAUCAAAUCUGAUACGAUUUAUAGCCAAUAGGUGGCGCCAACACAACCAGGCAUUAGAAACCCUGAGUGUGUGAACUGAACUGGUUGUUAUUUUAUUCCAUAAAUUAAUCCAUCAGUUCCAGAAAACUUUGUGAAUCAGUUUAAAAACAGGAAGAGUCCCUAAGUGGUCCAGACACACACACACACACACACACACACACACACACACACACACACACACACACACACACACACACAGUUCUUUGCUGAUAUCGUGGAAAAAAAUUCUCAUGAUCCACACACUCUUUCUUCUGUAGUAAAUUCGCUACUUGAGUUCUCUGAUUGUAGUUCUUUGCCUCCCACAGUUGAAAAUUUGUAAUGACUUUCUUCACUUUUUUGUUUAUAAGGUUACAGCUAUUCGAGCUGCCAUUACAAACUCACCACCUGACUCUACUCCCAGAGCCGCCCCAGGCUACACUGGAAACAUUUGAUCCUGUGUCAUUAUCGGACUUGGGAAAAACUGGUCGCUCAGCUUAAACCUUGUGAUGUACUGUCCUCGAGAAUUUAUAAAGAACUCUUUCCAGUGAUAGGCCCUUUACUUUUGACAAUCAUAAAUGGCAGUCUUACUUCUAGAAUGGUUCCAUCCUUGUUUAAGAAGGCUGUUAUUCAUCCUAUGUUAAAAAAGCCGGGGCUGGAUGUGACAACCUUAGCUAAUUACAGGCCCAUCUCAAAACUCCCUUUUCUUUCCAAACUGCUGGAGAAGGUCGUGUAUUCACAAUUGGUUGCCUUUAUGAACACAAAUGAUUUAUGGGAAACCUUUCAGUCAGAGUUCAGGGCAGGUCACAGCACUGAAUCUGCUCUUUUAAUGGUUUUUAAUGACACGUUUUUAGCCUGUGACAUGGAUAACGAUGUUGUCCUACUAUUGCUGGACUUAUCUGCAGCUUUUGAUACAGUCGACCACAAAGUCCUUCUGGACCGACUACAGCAUUGGGUGGAGAUAACUGGGCAGGCCCUCCAAUGGCUUCGCUCCUACCUUCAUGACAGGACAUUUAGUGUUCAGAUGGGUGAGGUGACUUCAGCCUGCGUGAGACUUCACUGGGGUGUGCCACAGGGCUCUGUCCUUGGUCCUCUAUUUGCAGUGUAUUUGCUUCCUAUUGGAGUCCUCCUUCAUCAGCAUAAUGUGAAAUUUCAUUUUUUUGCUGAUGACUGCCAGAUCUAUCUCCCUCUUCGAAGUGGGGAGGACAGAUCUGUUUCUCCUUCAUUGGACUGUUUGAAGGACAUAAAAUGUUGGAUGGCUUCUAAUUUUUUGCACCUAAAUGAGAGCAAAACGGAAGUCAUAAUACUUAGUCCUGGCAGAAGAAAUGGCUCAGGUGCUGAUAUUGACCUUGGCCCAUUGACCCCCUAUGAAAAGAAAAUAGUCAGUAAUUUGGGGAUAAAAAUUGACUCCUCACUUAAUCUUGAAACUCACGUAAAUACAGUGGUGAGGUCCUGUUUUUUUUUUAACCUGAAACGACUAUCCAGGAUCAGGCCUCUGCUGUCGAGCUCAUCUGGAGUCUGUGUUGCAUGCUUUCGUCCUGUCCCGUCUGGACUACUGUAACGCUCUGUAUGCUGGUCUGGCCCAGUGCAUGGUUGCACGGCUCCAAUUUGUACAGAACUCAGUGGCUAUAGGUUCCUGACAGGUACUAGAUGUCGAGAGCACAUUACCCCAGUGCUGAAUGCUCUGCACUGGCUCCCGGUGCAAUACCGAGCUAAAUUUAAGAUCUUAACUAUCGUUUAUAAGGCCCUCCAGGGCAGUGCCCCCUCUUACAUUACUGCACUUUUGCACAGGUAUGCUCCAUCUCGGUCUCUUCGCUCAGCCGAGCAGGGACGCCUGGUGGUCCCCCAGUCGAAAUAUCGAUCAAGGGGUUAUCGUGCAUUUUCUGUUUUGGCUCCAACUCUGUGGAAUGAAUUGCCAUUGAGCAUUAGGCAGGCGCCGUCCCUUCAAGUCUUUAAGUCUCAUCUAAAGACUCAUUUUUAUUUGAUUGCUUUUCAACAGUAGGGUUCUUUGAAUUGCCCUGACAUUAUGGUUUUUAAUACGUCUUCUUUUUGAUCAGGAUGCUUGAUCUUAUUUUGUCCACCAUUUGUUUUUAAUUGAUUAGUCUUAUUCCAUUAUCUCUCUGUAUUUGUAAUAUUGCUUGCUUGUUAUUUUAUGAUUUUAUGUUUUUAUCUUGCUUUUAAUGCCCAGGUACUGGGAAUGUUUUUAUGAUGAUGCUGUUCAGCACCUUGGGCUUCUGAUAACGUUGUGGAAGGUGCUCUACAAAUAAAAUUGAUUGAUUGCUUGACUGAUAAUUUA